AUGAUUGAAAAAUCUGUUGAUCUGGUAAAGAGUCACUUGAUGUACGCGGUGAGGGAGGAAGUGGAGGUCCUCAAAGAGCAAAUCAAAGAGCUGAUAGAGAAGAACUCCCAGCUGGAGCAAGAAAACACUCUGCUAAAAACACUUGCCAGCCCGGAGCAGCUUGCCCAGUUCCAAGCGCAGCUGCAGACUGGUUCCCCACCUUCCUCUUCCCAGUCACAAGGGACAACACAGCAGCCUGCUCAGCCGGCAUCACAGGGGUCAGGGCCUUCAGCGUAGUUCAAGAUGUCAUCGCCAUCGUGAUCACUGGCCUCUGGACUGCCCAGAGCAAGAAGGACUAGCGGGAAUCCGCCACAGCCACCCUUCAUCCAUUUCAGUGCACAUUGCCACCCAGACUGAGGACUCCAUGCCUUGCACACAUGAGGAGAGGCUUCUCCCCCCGCACUCAUCUGUCUCUCUCUUCCUUCCCUUCCCCCUUUGGCUUGAAGGAGUCUUUGUUCUUAGGUUGGUUGAAUAAAAUAAACUUCUUCCAGAGAAUUAGCACAAGUACACUGGGGACUUGAGCAGCUUCUGCAAAUGGCUGAGAAACGAAGCUGCAUGCCUGAAUUUUUUCAGUUUGUUUUUAAAUCUUCCACUCAUCCAGUGAUAUAACUGAUACAAGUGCUUUUCGAGCUUGGAAAUAUGAAGAAAUAGACUGGAGUAAAAAGUGAUGGCUCAAUGCCCCAUAGUGCACUGGGGUUCCAAAAUGAGGACUGGUGCAUAGGAUCUUAAGAGGAAGAGGGAGAAAGGUAAAUUCAGUGUUUAACACUUAAUUGUCACCUGAAACCUUAAGUGCAAAUAUUUGCACCGUUUUCUGAAGCAGUGGACAGGUGCAUAAAGCUGUAUUAUAUAUAGAAAGCAGGUAGGUGACGUACUGUUGGGUCAUAGGAUAAUUACAAUGAAGGUUAUUUGCCUACUGUAUAUUUGUGUAUUUAGUGUAAUUACUUUGUAAAAUAGAAAACUGUAACUAUUUAGGUUGUACAGAUUGAAGUUUAGUUGUUUCAUUGGCUGAUCUGAAGAAGUUUGGAAAGUCUUUUUUUUUUUUUUUAAGCUACAUAAAUAAGAAUGCACCUACGCAACUGUUCAGAAUUUGGCAGAUUUAUGCUGUUUGUGUAACUUCUGAAGUUCCCUGGCUGCUGAUUAUCUUGAAGUAAAUCUUUGUUCAUUGUAGUUUGGUUCAAGACAGGAAAAACCACUCCAAAAACUAUCAAACCCUGCUAGCAAAGAAUUAAAAAAAAAAAUAAAUAAAAUUGGAUUUCCCAGUAUGGAUUUUUGCAUAUGAUCUGUAUAGUAGUAUGCAUAUGUUUUUGUGCAUGUUCUCUAAACAGUUGUAACACGUCAAUGUAUUUAACUGUUGCACUUGUCAACUUUCAAUAAAGCAUACAAUGUUGAUAAA